AAAGAUUGUGUAGUUUAAUUUUCCUGUAAUUAGUACCAGCAGCAAAUGUCAACUGAUGAGGACUCUGAGGGCAGUUCCCUAAAGCCAACCACAUCCACACCCAAAUCCGAACGGGCAGUGGUGCGGGAACUUGAGGGAAAAACGGGAGUACGCAAUGCAUCGCAUCCGUUGUCCCACCAGCGCAGCUUCGAGGCCCGCUACAGCAGCAUUAUCCAGAAACAAAUAUGGGAGACGACCAUCAAUAAGGAUGCAAUGGAAAGACAACUUAAUGCGUACUUUCCCUUUACACGCAGUGCUUCGCUCACAAAGGACGCAUCCGAUGGAUUCCGUCAACUGCUCAAGCCAGCGCAGGGGAGCAGCGAAGGAGUAUCACGCUCCUUGGCUACCACACCAACCAAACAGUGUAAUCCAAAUGGUGUUUGAGAUGUGGCCAAAAAGCACGCAAAACCAAUCAAGACGACACCUCAGUAAAUAUGUGGGUAUAUUGUGUAUUAAAUCGAUAAAAGCUUCCUAAAAUUAACGCAUAUUAUUCAACUUAAGCUAACGCGUUAAGCUGCUCAUCUCUCAAAAUAUAUUUA